AUUGGUUUACACGGCUUGUUGUUAAACCGAUGUGCCCCGGAUGUAAAACGGCAGCAGUUUCGCUAAAGCGAAAGACCCACUCACUGAUAACUGUGGUCCACCUCUGCUGAGACAAUGUCUGACAGUGACGGGCCAGGACAAGAGCCUGCUGGACUGGAUGGUCUGCCACCAAUGCACAGCAUUUCCAAGGGAGAGGUGGUGUCUGUGCAGACCUACGGAGCCUUCGUCAGACUGCCGGGAUACAAGAAGGAAGGCCUCGUACAUGUGAGUGAGAUGUCAGCCACACGGGUAGAGAAUGCCUCAGAGAUUGUCGAUGUGGGGGAGAAGGUGUGGAUUAAAGUCAUCGGAAGAGAGAUUCGGGGUGACAAGGUGAAGUUGUCCUUCUCUAUGAAAGCUGUCAAUCAGGGAACAGGUCAGGACUUGGACCCAAACAAUGUCAUGGCAGAGCAGGAUGCGAGGCGACGUAGGCAGUUUAGAGAUCACACUGGCAAUAGGAUCACACUGGAGGCCGUACUCAACACAACGUGUGCGAAGUGUGGCUGCAAGGGUCACUUCACAAAGGACUGUUUCUCUGCUCCGGGCUUGCAGUACGCUCUUUUGCCUGAAGAGGAUGAUGACGAGUCACAACACCAGCAGCAGCAGCAAACCUCCACAGUUGCGCCACUGCCAGACGCGGAUAAAAAGAAGAAGAAAAAGAAGGAGAAGAAAAUGAAGAAGAAGAGGAAGAGGGAGAGGAAGGAGUCGGGGAGCGACGAUAGCAGCAGUAGCAGCAGCAGCGGCGAGUGCAAAUCCAAGAGGAGGCGCCGCGACCACACUCAUGACAGAGAGGACAAAAAGAAGAAGAAACACAAGAAACACAGAUCACACAAACACAGCUAAGACAGCCACACACACACACACACACACACACACACACACACACACACACACACUGCAGCUGACGAUAAAGGGGAAGUGGGUAGCUACUGACGGAGUGACAGACUUCCAGCUGUGUGUCUUUUUUAAUCUUUCUGGCUCAUUAUAGAAGCCUUCAUCUAUUUAAGUUAAGGAAAGUUAUUACUGUUUCUUCAUGUCACACAUUCACACUUUUCAUCAAGUUUAAAGAAACAAAAUCGGUCACAAAAAUCAGGUGACAAGCCCCACUUGUCCUGAAGUAACCCCUGGCUCCCUGCAGAGGGAGGAGUUUACACAUCAUAUGUAACCAGAUAGAUGUAACCAAUAUGGCAGCAAGCGGCUAUCCCCUCUUUGAAUCCACAUAUUGUUUACAGCUAUCAAGUUUCAUCGAGAAGACAUUAAGACAGUAAUGCUGAAUGUUAGCGGGAGUCUGACAUGAAAAGCCCACACACACACACACACAUACACACAGAGGAAGUUGUAAAGACAAACAGGACGUGUAAUGCAGCACAAUUGAGCAUGACAGGAACUUAAAGCUGAGAUGAUAUCCUGAGGUUGUCUGCCGCUUAUUGUCCGUUUGUGUGUGCAUACAGCACACGUGUGUUUGUGUGUCUUGCCCCCCGGGGACUGCUUAGAGUACACACAACCCUUGUCCUGCAUGACAACUGUUAACUCCAUUAAAGGUGUUUUUAUUUGUGGAGAUAAAAAAUGUCUCUUGAUGUCUUUGUUCUUUGACCUUGAGCUGUUAAUGAUGCUGUUAAAGUUGGUCCAUGGGGGACUAAAACAUGCACACACAAACAUCAGAAACUCUCAGGUUGAGCCUAGUGGUACACCUCAGGGUCAUUUAAAAUUAAUGCUUUUAAGCACGGUGAGGUUUUUAAGGCCAGGACUGAGCUGAGGGAUUUACACAACAUGAACUGCAGGUUAGGUUGUGUCCUAAAAGGUCAAAGUUGCAAAAAGUUGAAAGCAGUGUUGUAGUCAAGGCCACUUUAACUGAGACUUAGUCAUGUCCCAGACUGGAGUAUAUUUAUAUUGACACUGAGACAAGACCAAGACCAGUUUGAGUCCCACUCUGCAUAACACACUAAAGAGAAAACGUAAAACAUGCAAAAAGUAGACACUCCUCAUACUGAUCUGGAAAAUCCACACUCCCAUGAAAAUACUGACAGAACACCAGUAAAGAUUCCUCUUUAUUCACCUCAUAUUGCCAUAUACUGUGCAUAUGAGUGUAUGUAUAAGACAAAAGGCAUUGCAGAGAUGAAUUUUAUGUGGGAAUUUUCCUUUGUUUUCUAUGAGCAAACAAAUACAAACACUAAGAAGCUGAAAUCAACUUAACAUCUAUAUUUAACACUCUGUUUUUGCACAGGCAGUUUUGUGAUAUCGCUACAUUUGUGGUCUCGACCAGUCUUGAUAUAAAAUCCCGAGGCUGAGACAAGACCAAGAACAUUAAAAAGUGACCCUGAGACCAAGAUUCUCAAGUACUACAAAACUGGUUAAUAGUGUAGCCUUUACUUUCAUUUAAAAAGAAAACCCCCAUGUCUCUGUACGUCAAGAUAAGACAAUGUUAGAGAAUCCACAUCUUGUUUCGUUUGUGCUGAACUGACCCCGGCUCUGAGCUCCCACUUGUAGGAUUGUGGUGAAAUAGAUUGUUUCCAGCUGCAGGGAGUUGGCUCGAGUUCAUUGGUCAGUCUCAAGACUCUUAUUUUUUUCUCUUGCUUGCACCAGACAGAAGUACAAGAUGAAUUUAAUAUGGUCAGUUAAACAUUUAAUAUGACCCCACACUUGCACAACCAGAACUGUGGAUUUGCACAUAAUUUGAAUACGUCGGCGAGAACCAGUCUCUACUGUACAUACUUGUUCAUGUAUUUCAAUAUUUGAUUUGACCUUGGGGAUUACCUGAAGCUACAUGACCUGCCCACCCUGCCUACGACACAAUCAGCCCCCUUUGCUCCUCUGGCCUCUGGACCAAGGCCUGGCCUUAGCUAAAUGUUAAGGAAGCAUUUAGCUAGCUAUUAAAUGCCAGGUUAACGUUAGGGAAAGGAAAAGGGUAAGAGUUACAACUCAGUAGUUAUAACUUUAAUCACG